AUGGCCAUCAACUACUUAAUUCUCCUUUCCCGGCAAGGCAAAGUGCGCCUAGCCAAAUGGUUCACAACCCUUUCGCCCAAGGAUAAGGCCAAGAUUGUGAAGGACGUGUCACAGCUCGUUCUAGCAAGGCGGACUCGGAUGUGCAACUUCCUUGAAUAUAAAGACACCAAAAUCGUGUACCGCCGCUACGCUUCUCUCUUCUUUAUCGCGGGCUGCUCCUCCGAGGAUAACGAGCUGAUCACCCUCGAGAUCAUCCACCGAUACGUCGAACAAAUGGACAAGUACUACGGCAACGUCUGCGAGCUGGAUAUUAUCUUUUCAUUCACCAAGGCCUAUUACAUUCUCGAUGAGCUUUUGUUGGCAGGUGAGCUGCAAGAGAGCAGCAAGAAGAAUGUCCUGAGGUGUAUAUCCCAGCAGGACGCAUUAGAAGACAUGGAGGUCGAGGAUGAAGUCACGAAGAUCAUGUAA